UCUCUCUUUCUCUCUCUUGUUGUGUCUCUCUUUCUAUGUGUCUGUUGCUGUUAAGAAGCUGUUGAUGGUUUUUCUUGCUUUGGCUUUUGUAUGAUAUAGCUCAUGCUCUUUGCACCUCUGAGUUGGAUUAAAGAGAGAGAAAUCAGAUAACGUUCAAAAACACCAAGAAUUGCAAAUUAAGAAAAUAAGAAUUAGCAGCUCCUGCUCUACUGCUCUGCCUUUGAAACACUGUUCUGGUGGCUGGAAACAGGGGAGGGGCUAAGUUGGCGUUUGUCAAAGAAGAAGAAGAAGAAGAAGAAGAAGAAGAAGAAGCAGAGAAGAAAUGAAGUACGUUUUGGUGACUGGUGGAGUUGUGAGUGGUCUUGGGAAAGGAGUGACUGCUAGUAGUAUUGGCUUGCUUCUAAAGGCUUGUGGGCUUCGGGUCACUUCCAUUAAGAUAGAUCCUUACUUAAACACUGAUGCUGGAACUAUGUCCCCCGUUGAACAUGGUGAAGUCUUUGUCUUAGAUGAUGGUGGUGAGGUGGACUUGGACCUUGGAAACUAUGAGCGAUUUCUAGAUAUCAAGCUGACCCGUGAUAAUAAUAUUACUACCGGAAAGAUUUACCAGUAUGUUAUUGACAGAGAAAGAAGGGGAGAUUAUCUAGGAAAAACUGUCCAGGUUGUUCCUCACAUCACAGAUGCUAUCCAAGAGUGGAUUGAGCGUGUAGCACAAAUACCAGUGGAUGGGGAGUCAGGUCCAGCUGAUGUUUGUGUCAUAGAAUUGGGUGGAACUAUAGGUGAUAUUGAAUCCAUGCCUUUUAUUGAGGCAUUAGGACAAUUCUCGUACCGUGUAGGUAGUGACAACUUUUGCUUGAUUCAUGUUAGCCUUGUGCCUGUUUUGAAUGUUGUUGGUGAACAGAAAACAAAACCAACCCAGCACAGUGUUCGUGGACUGAGGUGCCUGGGUUUGACACCACAUUUGAUAGCUUGUCGCAGCACAACGGCACUAGAAGAGAACGUAAAGACAAAAGUCAGUCAGUUUUGCCAUGUCCAGAAAGAGAACAUCAUCACUCUCUACGAUGUUUCCAACAUCUGGCACAUUCCAUUACUUUUAAGAGAUCAGAAGGCUCAUGAAGCAAUCUUUAAAGUGCUGAACCUUCAGGGAUUAACAAGGGAACCUGAAUUAGAUGAAUGGACUUCUAGGGCUGAAAUUUGUGACAUGUUGCAUGAGCCGGUUCGCAUUGCCAUGGUCGGGAAGUAUACGAGGCUUUCAGAUGCCUACCUCUCUGUAAUAAAGGCUCUUGUGCAUGCUUCUGUUGCUCGUGGCAAGAAACUUUUUGUGGAUUGGGUUUCAGCUGGCGACCUUGAAGACGCAACUGCAAAAGAGAAUCCUGAUGCUUAUAAAGCCGCCUGGAAGUUGUUGAAGGGUGCAGAUGGUGUUCUCGUUCCCGGAGGAUUCGGGGACAGAGGAGUGCAAGGGAAAAUUCUUGCAGCAAAAUAUGCCCGGGAAAAGAGAAUUCCAUUCCUUGGCAUUUGUCUAGGAAUGCAGAUUGCUGUCAUUGAGUUUGCACGAUCUGUUCUUGGUCUGAAAGAUGCUAACAGCACAGAAUUUGAUCCUAACACUAAGAAUCCCUGUGUUAUAUUUAUGCCAGAGGGUUCAACAACACAUAUGGGAGCCACCAUGCGCCUUGGAUCCAGGAGAACAUAUUUCCAGUCUACAGAAUCCAAAUCGGCUAAACUAUAUGGAAACAAGCGCUUCAUCGAUGAGAGACAUCGACACAGAUAUGAGGUGAAUCCUGAAAUGGUAGCACGCCUUGAAAAUGCUGGCCUCUCUUUCACUGGCAAGGAUGAAACUGGCCAACGCAUGGAGAUUGUUGAGCUGCGUAAUCAUCCAUAUUUCAUUGGUGUCCAGUACCAUCCUGAAUUCAAAUCAAGACCAGGAAAACCUUCUGCUUUAUUCAUAGGCCUAAUAGCAGCAGCAUGUGGGCAGUUGGAUGCUUUUUUACAGGGCUCUGAGAGCAAAAGGAAUAUCCCAAAUGGACCUGCCAAUGAUAUGUCCCAGAGGCAUAUCUCAUAUGGAGCAAGCAAUGAUAUGCCCCAAAGAAAUAUCCCAAAUGGAGCAAGCAAUCAUAUGUUCCAAGCAGCAUGUGGGCAGUUGGAAUCUUUCUUCCAGGGUUCUGAGACCAAAAGAAAUGUCCCAAAUGGAGCAGCCAAAGCAUAUCAAAAUGGAGCUGCAGCUAAGCUUGCUAAUCGGCCACAAGACGGUGCAUACAGCAUUUUCAAUGGCAUGCACUUGUGAAGGCUGUUUAGGCCUCUGCAUAAUAUAUUUAUAGGAUUAUCUUUCUUUGUGGUGUGGUUUAGGGGAUUUUAAUUACAUAAUUAGCAGGGGCUUUUAGGUGAUAUAAUAUUAUAGGAUUGGUUUGUACAGUCAUUUGGGAUAUGGUUAGAUAUUAGCCUUCCAAAGACACAAACUUUAGAAUGGAGAGCUGCAUCCUGAGGUUUUUAAAACAGGUCAGCUUGUCAAAAGUCCUGUACUGCACUUAGAAUGUGCAGGGGAUUUGCCCAUUCUUCCCCAGCACCCUAUCCUUUUGUUUUGUCUUGAUUUUAUUGCAGUAAUAAAUCUUCAUAUGCAUGGACUCUUGGCUUGAA